AUGGGUGAGGUUCAAGUGCCCAAGGACAGAGCCACGAAGAAGCUUCUUCUGGGUGUCCUGCUUUUCACCAUUCCUGCAGAAGGAGUGACACAGUCAGACCUGAGAGGGAAGAUGUUUAUUUUCGCUCAAGAAUCAGCCACAGCAUAUGUGUCCCUGAUCCCCAAGGUGAAGAAGCCACUGCAGAACUUCAUGCUGUGCCUGAAAGUCAUGGACCUUACCCGCCCUUACAGCCUCUUCUCCUACAACACUCCGUCCCAGGACAAUGAGCUGCUUCUCUUUGUCAACAAAAUGGGAGAGUACAUGCUGUACAUUGGGAAUUCUAAGGCCACUUUCCAGGCCCCCCCAUCACCCUAUGCCCCAAUCCAUGUCUGUGCAAGCUGGGAGUCUGCCUCUGGGAUUGCUGAACUCUAGGUGAAUGAGAAGACUGUGGGGAGGAAAGGUGUGAGGAAGGGGUACUCUGUAGGGGCAGAGGCAAAGAUUAUCCUGGGACAAGAGCAGGAUUCCUUUGGGGGACAUUUUGAUGCAAAACAAUCCUUUGUUGGGGAGAUAUGGGAUGUGUCCUUGUGGGAUUAUAUUCUUCCCUUAAAGGAGGUGUGUGAGUUCCGUUAUGGAGGCGACCUCCUGAACUGGCAGGGCUUGACUUAUGAAGACAAAGCCUAUGUGGUGACUAAACCCAAGGUCCACACCUUAAGCCUCAUUCCAUUUAGUCAUGAUUCAUAUUUAGUGAUAAUCACAUACUCUUUGAAAUUAAAUCCAUUAAUUUUAUUUUUGUUUUCUGGCUCCAUUAAGAUGGUGUAA